AGUCGCAAGUCAAACGCUGUGGCUUAAAUCCGUCGUAUAUCUUAAUUAAGCAUCUAGACAAAACUACCAGGAGUAACUUUAACGUUCUAAAUUACUAUCUACCAGAGCAAGAUUACCACUGCUAUCAUGGAGGCGGAUAAAGUUUUAAACAAAAAGAGUCUCAAACCACUGUUAGAGAAGCGUCGUCGCGCGCGCAUCAACAGUUGUCUCGAAGAGCUGAAGACCAUCAUCCUCGACGUCAUGGAGUCAGACGACGGCUGUAAGAGCUCGAAACUCGAGAAAGCUGACAUCCUAGAGCUGACCGUCAGCUACUUGAAGAAAUUAAGGAAAAACCAGCAAAACAAUUUGCCCAUGGUAUCAAGACAAGCCAGGCCCGCGACCUCUUCACCAACCUACGCGGACGGAUACAAUCACUGCGCCAAUGAAAUCAAUUAUUUCGUCAGCAAACAGACUAUGAAACCAGAACUCAGACUCCAGAUGCUCGAUCAUCUCGCUAACAGAUUGCAGGCGUCAACCUCUCCUGAACGUUCGUCGUCUCCUGAUUCCACAAGCGAGUCCACAAGAGGUCGCAUCGCCUCGCCUGCCAACUCCCCCGUGGAUUUGUCUCUCGGCGCGACACCAAAAAACCAUCUGCGCAUCCGAAAUGUAGAACUGAAAGGAGAUCGCACGCUGAAUAUUGCAAAUAAGUCAGUAAGAGAUGAGCAAAAACAAACUGCGCCUCACAGUUAUUUGUCAGCAUCGUCCAAUCAGAUGAGAAGGCGCCAUUUCGUUCGUGGUCAUGGACGUCAUUUUUCCAAUUACCAUGCCAACCAUGGUUGUCAAGAAGAAAGUCAGAUGAUAUGGCGACCCUGGUGAUGACGUUGACUUAGUUAAACCAAAUAUCUGACAAAAACAAACAAUUUUAUUGUGGUGUAUACAAUAAUGGGAAGUUAUUGGUAAAUUAUCUAAUUCAAUGCCAACAUGAAAUCAAUUUGACAGUGAAAUUCUGCAAUGACGAUCUACAGUGAUGUAAAUGAACAAGUAAAAUAUUAUCUUUAUAGGCCUAUUUAUUUAUUUAUUUUUUAUUUGUAUUGAAACAGAGAAACGCUCACUUUGAACUUUUCAUGUUUUGUUAAAAUAAAUUACAACGCCACAUAUAACUAACUAUCCUCCUGCUGUCAAAGAUUAAUU